CAAUACCACCGACAGAAACCGAGCAACACUUCUUCUGCCAAGCCACACCAUCAGCAGAAGCGUCGCAUUCACCGACAUCACAACAGCCGCCGUUAAAUGACCAGCAACCAGCGGUUUCAACGGCGUCUUAUCCUGGUUGCCGCGGUGCUAUCCGGGGAGCGCUAUCAAUGAGAGGAGUGUCGUCUGGUGCGGCCGAAAUUAUGUUGGAAUCCCUCGCGCCUAACACCGUCAAGCAGUAUGACACGUACUUGAAACGCUGGUAUAUGUUUUGUGGGAAAAAUAAUAUUGAUUAUUUUAAGGCAACUAUUCCAGAAGUGCUUACCUUCUUAACAGAAUUGUGUAGCGAGGGAGCUGGGUAUGGAAGUGUAAAUUGUUGUAAAUCCGCUCUGGUGCUUUUAUUGGGAAAUAAGAUCUCAUCAGAUGAUAGGGUAAAACGCUUCAUGAAGGGCGUUUUUCGGUUACACCCACCACAACCUAAAUAUAAUACAACCUGGGACCCUCAAUUAGUCUUAAAUCAUUUGUCAAAACUGUCACCUAAUAAAAAUCUUUCAUUGGAAAAUUUAAGUAAAAAAUUAGUAACUCUAUUAGCUAUCGUUACUGCACACCGAGUGCAAACCUUGUCCCUGAUAAAAUUAUCGAACAUUUACCAUUAUUCUGAUAAAGUUCUUAUAAAAAUAUCAGACUUGAUCAAAACUUCCAGACCAGGUUCGCAUCAACCUGUGUUAUCUUUACCAUUUUUCAAAGAAAAACCUGAUAUUUGCCCAGGUCAAGCAUUGUUAGACUAUAUAAAUAUGACAAAGGACAUUCGUGGUGGUUGUGAGCGAUUAUUUAUCGCCUUCAAAAAACCGCAUAAAGAGAUCACUUCCCAAACAAUUAGCAGAUGGAUUAAGACUACACUAAAAGAUAGUGGUAUUGAUACCUCCAUUUUCACCUCCCACUCAACUCGCCAUGCAUCGGUGUCAGCCGCAAAUCGCUUGGGAGUGAACAUUGAUGUAAUCAGAAAAACAGCUGGUUGGAGUGGCACUUCCAAAGUUUUCGCAAAAUUUUAUAAUAGGCCCAUAGUGCCAACUAAUGAUUUUGCAAGAUCCUUAGUAUCUCAUUAAUUAGAAAUAAGUGUUCUUAAAUUGUUUUAAGCA